UGUAUACAUGUCGUAGCCAUCUUUAAGCAUGGAGCUCUUCUCAUACCGUUUCUUUGAGAGAUAUUCUGAGAACAUGAAGUAUUGAAAUGUUUCAAGAAUAGGCCCAGUUAUCAUCUGUGAUUAUUCUAAAAAAAAUAUUACGUCAAGACCAAUGGAUUUAUUUAUAUAUCACCUUGAAGCGGUUUUGAUUGUUUGGACGAUGUUUCAUUUACCGAUAUGCCAUCUUUAUGAAUAGUUAUCAUCUAUGAAAUCCAAUGAUGUCACGACCAAUGGAUUCAUUUAUCUAUCAGAUUGUUGCUGUUCUAAUUGUUUGGUUGAUGUUUCCUUUACCGAAACACCACCAUUGUAUGAGACUACCACAGUCCGGGUUACAUGUUUUCCCGGUCGAUACUUGUCCUAGAAACCUGUCUGAAGUCCAGGCAGCCUCUCGCAGACUCAAUUGUUCUGGGCUUCAGGAGUUUGAAUAUGUUUACCAUUGUCUUCCGCGCUUUGACCUCUCUCAUCUUGUCGAAUUCUGUUACGAUGAUAUCAGUGGAUGGACUGAACCUGGGAAUUGUAUGGUACUCCACACCCAUACUCUGAACAACCACCCGUGUAAAUACUUCACAAAAGACUGUCCUAACAAGCCGUACUUAAUAAAGGAAAUGUAUAACUAUCCAACUUGCAUUGACAUAGACAGAAAAGAGAAAUGUUAUCGAAUGGACCCUAGCUGUACAUCGAUUACUAGAAAAACGACAGAGGAGGAACCUGGUGGGCGGGGAUGGAUCGCUGCAGUAGUGACGCCCGUGGUUGUGCUGUGUCUCGUAGUAUUGAUCAUCAUUAUCAUCAUACAUGUAGUACGUCGGCGAAGGGUAUCGACAUCACGUCAGAACACCAAACGAUAUGAAACUAACAGGAAGGAGAGCACUCCUCUAAUUCUUGACAGCAACAAACCAACAAAUACAGAUAAAGACGAACUGGAGGGGAGUGGAAAAUCGCACGAUAAUCAUCACGGUUUGAAAUCUUACAUUCUUCUGGAUUGGACUGAGGACGACGAGUUGUUUGUGACCACCGAGGCCAGUAAAGCAGUUGAAAAUAAAAUAGAAAAACAAAACUUCAUUACAGUUGUGGGAAAUUCUGGAUCCGGAAAAUCAUCCAUUAUACAACACAUUGCCCUGAAAUAA